AUGUCAACGACACUUUCUCAGGUAAACGACACGAUCAUUGCAUACCAGCAAAGUAGCUAUUGUAUAGGCUUCCUCUCAGCGACGAUAGCAGCCAUUGUUAUCUACGACUGGUCGCUUACCUUAGGCAGGGAGACGGAUCGCGUAUGGUGUCGAUACCUUUCCAUCGUAAUUAUCUUUUGCUACCACCUUUCCAUUAUCCACUAUGGUACUGGCCUCAGCCAGUUCUAUUCUUGGUCAAACUGCAUCGUAUACAUUGCAAGCGAUGCGAUAAUGGUGUUCCGAAUUCACGCCAUGUUCCCCAAAUCCAAACCAAUCCUCGCGCUUAUUCUUGUCGCGUUCAUUGGCGUUAUCGUGGUUAACAUCGUCGGAUAUAUUCCUGCAUCUGAGAAUAAAGAGGAGGAUGAGAGCCUUCAGCUGAUGCGACUUUGUGUUGAGUCUAACUUAUGGAACUAUAAGACAUUCGUCAGUAUGACGAGGGUUCCGCGAGUAGUUUUCGAAGCUCUGUUACUGUCUCUAGCCCUGGGAGGAUAUUACAGACAUGCUGCAGAGCGGAGAAAGAACAUUGGAAUCUGGUCGGUGAACGCUUGGAUAAAGCUGCUCAUGGAGCAAAGCAUCGUUUACUUUGCAGUUGCAGUAGGGUGUGACACUAUCAUCAUCGCAUCCGGUUAUUCAAGCCAGGAGAAUAUGACAUCCUUCGGCGCCAUACUCGCUAGUUUACAAGGAUACCUACUCGCGCCGCGCCUUUUGCUCAGUUUUCGUGGACAUCAGUCGAAGCCCAUGCACUCCCGAGACAAUUCUGCAGAUAGCACGCUCAGCUUUAUCAAGCAUGCUCGUACACCAUCAGACAUGCUCUAUCAGCUUCCGACCAUAGCUAGAGCUAGUAUGGUUUCAUCUCUCGCCAAGUAGGAACCAUGGGGUGCGAUGAAAAGGUAGCGGUGGAAUGCCUCGGGUAGUGAAGAAACACGUAGCUGGUCUUACA